UUCCGCUGAGCCUCUGCGUGGAGGCUGCCUCUGGGUCUCCGUGCGCAGACACCAUGUACGGAUUUGUGAAUCAUGCCUUGGAGCUGCUGGUGAUCCGCAAUUACGGCCCCGAAGUGUGGGAAGACAUCAAAAAAGAGGCACAGUUAGAUGAAGAAGGACAGUUUCUUGUCAGAAUAAUAUAUGAUGAUUCCAAAACUUAUGACCUUGUUGCUGCUGCAAGCAAAGUGCUCAAUCUCAAUGCUGGAGAAAUCCUUCAAAUGUUUGGGAAGAUGUUUUUCGUCUUUUGUCAAGAAUCUGGUUAUGAUACCAUCUUGCGUGUCCUGGGAUCUAAUGUCCGAGAAUUCCUACAGAACCUUGAUGCUCUGCACGAUCACCUUGCUACCAUCUACCCGGGGAUGCGUGCACCUUCUUUCAGGUGCACUGAUGCUGAGAAGGGCAAAGGACUCAUUCUGCACUACUAUUCAGAGAGGGAAGGACUGCAGGAUAUCGUCAUUGGAAUAAUCAAAACUGUUGCUCAACAGAUACAUGGCACAGAAAUAGACAUGAAGGUCAUUCAGCAAAGAAAUGAAGAAUGUGAUCACACACAAUUUUUAAUUGAGGAAAAAGAGUCAAAAGAAGAGGAUUUUUAUGAAGAUCUUGACAGAUUUGAAGAAAAUGGCACCCAGGAAUCACGCAUCAGUCCCUACACCUUCUGCAAAGCGUUUCCUUUUCACAUAAUAUUUGACCGGGACUUAGUGGUCACUCAGUGUGGCAAUGCCAUUUACAGAGUAUUGCCCCAGCUCCAGCCUGGGAAUUGCAGCCUUCUGUCUGUCUUCUCUCUCGUGCGUCCUCACAUUGAUAUUAGUUUCCAUGGGAUUCUUUCUCACAUCAAUACAGUUUUUGUAUUGAGAAGCAAGGAAGGAUUGCUGGAUGUAGAGAAACUGGAAUGUGAGGACGACUUGACUGGGACUGAGAUCAGCUGUUUACGUCUCAAGGGUCAAAUGAUCUACUUACCGGAAGCAGACAGCAUACUUUUUCUGUGUUCCCCAAGUGUGAUGAACCUGGAUGACUUGACAAGGAGAGGGCUGUACUUGAGCGACAUACCCCUACAUGAUGCCACCCGCGACCUCGUUCUCUUGGGAGAGCAGUUCCGGGAGGAGUACAAACUGACACAAGAGCUGGAAAUCCUCACAGACAGGCUGCAGCUCACACUGCGAGCCCUGGAAGAUGAAAAGAAAAAGACAGACACAUUGCUGUACUCGGUCCUUCCUCCUUCUGUUGCCAAUGAACUGAGACAUAAGCGUCCAGUGCCUGCCAAAAGAUAUGACAAUGUGACCAUCCUCUUCAGUGGUAUUGUGGGCUUCAACACAUUCUGUAGCAAACAUGCAUCUGGAGAAGGGGCCAUGAAGAUUGUCAAUCUUCUCAAUGACCUCUACACGAGAUUUGACACUCUGACGGAUUCAAGGAAAAACCCAUUUGUUUACAAGGUGGAGACCGUUGGUGAUAAAUACAUGACAGUGAGUGGUUUACCAGAGCCUUGCAUCCACCAUGCACGGUCAAUUUGCCACCUGGCCUUGGAUAUGAUGGAAAUUGCUGGCCAAGUUCAGGUGGAUGGUGAAUCUGUUCAGAUCACAAUAGGGAUACACACUGGAGAGGUCGUGACAGGUGUCAUAGGGCAACGCAUGCCUCGGUACUGUCUCUUUGGAAACACUGUCAACCUCACAAGCAGAACAGAAACCACAGGAGAAAAGGGGAAAAUAAACGUGUCAGAAUAUACCUACAGGUGUCUUAUGUCUCCAGAGAAUUCAGAUCCACAAUUCCAGUUGGAGCACAGAGGACCAGUGUCCAUGAAGGGCAAAAAAGAACCAAUGCAAGUUUGGUUUCUAUCCAGAAAAAACACAGAGACAGAG